CGUGUCGGGGGCGGGGUUCCCGAGCGGCCCUUGCAUCAUGGCCGCCGGCGCCGCCGCUGCUUUAGCAUUUUUGAGUCAGGAGAGCCGAACCCGGGCCGGGGGUGUCUGUGGGCUGCGGUCCCCGGCUCCGGUCACUAUGGAUAGUUUUUUCUUCGGAUGCGAGCUCUCCGGCCAAACCCGCUCUUUCACCUUCAAGGUGGCGGAAGAGGAUGAUGCAGAGCACGUGCUGGCUUUGACCAUGCUCUGCCUCACCGAGGGGGCCAAAGAUGAGUGUAACGUGGUAGAAGUUGUGGCCCGGAGCCAUGACCGCCAGGAGAUUGCAGUCCCUGUGGCCAACCUCAAGUUGUCCUGCCAACCCAUGCUCAGUUUGGAUGACUUCCAGCUCCAACCUCCUGUAACCUUCCGCCUGAAGUCAGGUUCGGGUCCUGUGCGGAUCACUGGGCGCCACCAGAUUGUUACUGUAAGCAGUGAUGUUUCUGAGGAAGAAGAGAGUGAAGAGGAGGGGAGUGAAGAGGAGGAAGCCGAGUUGUGCCCCAUCCUUCCUGCCAAGAAGCAGAGGGGCAGGCCCUAGCCCUCCUUGGUGAGUGGUUAGCUGCCUGCCGUGCACCCCAUGCAUCCUGUUGCUGUGCAAGAAUUUUAAGUGUCUUCAUUGAAGAGGAAGGGUGGGGUGGGAGGUCUUGGGCUGGUGCUAGGAGAAAGGGGUUCCCAUUCUUCACAGGACGAUGGUGUUCUAAUUCUACACCGUACUGGAGGCUUCUCUUUUCUCCAGGAGUGGGAGGACCUCUGACCUGUCCUGACCCUCUCUCCACACUUGUCUUUGAGGUUGGAGGUCAGCAUCUAAAGCUCAGGACUAAACAUUUUAAGCAGUUUUUACAUUUUGGACAAACAGCGAAAUAAAGUGUAGCGUUUUUUGUUU